UUUAACCACUGACCUAUCACGUUGGACUUCGCUCCGUCUUCCUUUUAUGGCUUUUGUACAGGAGACACAAGAAAAAUUAACUAGAAUAGCCAUUAUUAAUUCUGACAAAUGUAAGCCGAAGAAAUGUAGACAAGAGUGCAAAAAGUCCUGCCCAGUGGUCCGCGGAGGUUGGCAAUUAUCUUCUUACGUUUUUCUGAAACUUACAGGAAAACAAUGCAUUGAAGUCACUCCAAAUGACAAGAUCGCAUUUAUUUCCGAGGCCCUCUGUAUUGGAUGUGGCAUAUGUGUAAAGAAAUGCCCGUUUGAAGCAGUCAGUAUAAUUAAUUUGCCUAGUAAUCUUGAAAAAGAAGUAACUCACCGGUAUGGCCCGAACUUGUUUAAGCUUCAUCGCUUGCCUAUGCCUCGUCCUGGUGAAGUUUUAGGUCUUGUUGGAACCAAUGGUAUUGGUAAGUCAACUGCUCUCAAGGUGUUGGCUGGAAAAUUAAAACCAAAUUUGGGAAGGUUCAAGGUACUUCACUGGUGGAAUCCUCCUGAUUGGACCGAAAUCCUCCAAUAUUUUCGAGGUUCUGAAUUACAGAAUUUCUUUACAAAAAUACUUGAGGAUAAUUUGAAGGCUGUUAUCAAGCCUCAAUAUGUCGAUCAAAUUCCUAAAAUGGUGUCCGGAGUCCUCAAAGUUAUACUUGACAAGAAAGAUGAUAGAGGAAAUCAAAAACAAAUACUUGAAAUGCUGGACCUAAGCUCUUUAACCGAUAGAAACGUUAUCGACUUAUCCGGCGGUGAGCUUCAAAGAUUUGCUUGCGCUGUUGUUUGCGUUCAAAAAGCAGAUAUCUAUAUGUUUGAUGAACCUAGUUCAUAUUUGGAUGUCAAGCAACGCCUGAAGGCUGCUGUUACUGUGAGGGAAUUACUCGAGGAUAAUAAUUACGUCAUCGUUGUUGAGCAUGAUCUUUCCGUUCUGGAUUAUCUAUCAGAUUUUGUUUGUUGUCUUUACGGUGUGCCAGGUGCCUAUGGUGUUGUGACAAUGCCAUUCUCUGUGCGUGAGGGCAUCAACAUCUUUUUAGAUGGUGUGAUCCCAACGGAAAACCUGCGCUUUCGAGAUGCACCUCUUGUUUUCAAGGUCUCUGAAUCUGGUAAUGAGGAAGAGGUUAAAAGACAUGCAUCUUAUACCUAUCCUAGGAUGAACAAACAA